AUGAUGUAUACCCGAGCCACAGGUGGCAUAGGUUCUACUUCGGUUGGAGUUAUAAUGAGGAGAACCCCUCAAGCGAUGUCCCUUCAACGCGGGCAAAUGGGAUUGGCUGGAAGACAGCAUCAACUGUUUGCCAAUGCUCUCGGUAGUUUGCUCUCCCACCGAGCUUUCAGUUCAUCCCUCCCUAUCCCUUUACAAGCUCUGUCUCUCACUCACCAAAUAGGCUUGAAUCCGUCCCUCUCACGUUCAGUAUCCACCCAACCGCAACCCCCAUCCACAUCCUCAACCCCUCCGCCGCCCUUCCCCGCUGCACCGAAGAACGUAUCUUCAUUACAGGACAUUCAUGAUCCUCCACUCGGUACGCCUCCAUCCCUUCCACCAGCAAAGCUCAAUUCAUUGCCACCAAAGGCCACGGAUGUGAUUGCUGCCGAUGCAGGAAAGGAAUUAGCCAAGAAGGAGGAAAAGAAGAAACCCACUGGACCUCUUCCGGCCAGAGUAUGGGCUACAGUGAAAAAGGAAGCAGCCCAUUACUGGGCUGGAACAAAACUUCUUGGUCAGGAAAUCAGAAUCAGUGCCAAGCUGCAGUGGAAACUACUGAAUGGCGGGACUCUGACGCGAAGGGAGAGAAGACAACUUCGUAGAACUACCACCGAUUUACUACGGCUCUUGCCAUUCUCUGUAUUCGUCAUUGUGCCGUUCAUGGAGUUAUUGCUGCCAGUAGCACUCAAAUUGUUCCCCAACAUGUUGCCUUCAACUUUCGAGGGAGAUUUCGCUGCGACGGAGAAACAACGAAAACUCUUGAGAGUAAGAAUCGAGAUGGCAAAAUUCCUCCAAGAGACUGUCAAAGAAUCAGGGCUGAAAGCGGAUAGUGUAGUGAAGAGCGAAGAGUUCAAGGAGUUUUUCAGAAAGGUUCGAUCAACAGGUGAAACUCCCUCUCAAACGGAUGUCGUUAGGGUCGCCAAGUUGUUUCACGAUGAUGUCACCCUGGACAAUCUUUCAAGACCUCAGUUGGUCUCUAUGAGUAGAUACAUGAAUAUCAACGCAUUCGGAACGGAUAAUUUCCUCAAACACCAAAUCAGAAGUAAAUUGGAGAAAGUGAGAGUGGAUGACAUGAUGAUUCAUGCUGAAGGCGUCGACUCACUUUCGACCAAAGAACUUCAAUCCGCAUGUCAGUCGCGAGGUAUCCGAUUCCAAGGUGUUUCCCCUGCUAGAUUGAGGGAAGAAUUAGAGCAAUGGAUUGAGUUGCACUACAGUAACGGGAUUUCAGGUGUCUUGUUGGUUUUGAGUCGAGCCUUCAACUUUGAACAAAAAGGUGAUAAUGUCAUGGAGAGUUUGGUCACCACGUUAAGCAGUCUACCCGAGAAUCUGCUUAACGAAGCCGAACUCAACGUUUCAGACGAAGCCACGUACAAACAGAGACUUGAGGUACUGCAACAACAACAAGAACUCAUUGAAGAUGAAGCCGAGCAAGAGCAAGAAGAGCAAGAAGCUCGAAAAGAAGAGAAAGAAAGGAAAGAAGCAGAGGAAGCUGCGAAGCGAGAACAAGAGGAAGCAGCCAAGAAAGACGCUGCCGAAGCUUCAGGAAUCCCGGAAACAGAUUCAAAUGAGACCGUCGAAGAACAGCCUAAACCUGAAGAAGAUGCUCGUAUGACCAAAGAACAACUCGGUGAAUUGGCUGAGGCGUUGAGCAUCUUAACUGCCAAGAGCAGUAUCGUCAAGGAGAGGGAUGAAUUGAAAGCUAUAUUGGAAGACAACUUAAUAUCAGAGGCGGAAUCCAAGGAGAGGCAAGAAGAGAACUCACCCACUGUAGCUGUAUCUAAACGUGUAAGGAAGAUGAUCCAAACUAUCGAUACUCAAUUAGAGAAAUAUGACGAGAAAGUCGGUUCCUCAUUGAACGUCAUCGAGACAUCGGUUCAUGGUCAAAUAGCUCUUGCUGAUUUGAAGAAAGCAUUGGGUGUCAUCAAACAUAAACCAGCCGAUGACGUUAUAGAAGGUCUGGGUAAGAAGUUAGAUGUUGAUCAAGAUGGCUUCGUAGAACUUGACCAUGUCCUUGAGCUCACACAAGAUCACGGAUUGGGCAUUUUAUUAGAAGAUGAGGAAGCACGCAAUAUCCUCGACAAAGGAUCAGAUAUCAGGCAUAGCAAAGACGUCAAAGAGCUCAAACCCAAGAGGGAAGAUAUCAUUUCAGAGUAA